AUGUCUGCACCUGAGUUCCUGGUGUCUAGGCUGGCUUCCAUGUACCUGCAGGAGCACUUGUCUGUUUCUCUGUUUGAACUUCUCACCUCCAUGAAAUCCCUCCAUAAACACAUAGACAGCUCGCAGCUGCCUCUAGAACUGGACGGGACCUUCCCUUACUGCCACAGGGACUGGUUAAGCUUCCGCAUGAAGCUGGAACAUUUGCUACAAGGAUGCCAAGGUGCUUGUGCCUUCCUCCAGGGAGCUAUUCAUAAAGUGGAACCUGGAAAAUUACCAGAAAGAGCUGAGGAGGCAGCUGUGCUGCUGAGGAAUUACAGGCAGUUGAUGAAGAAUGUUCUUGAAGAUGCACGGCUGGUCAGGCUGCAGCUGGAGGGUGGAGCGCUCCUGGCCAGACUGAGGAAGGAGGAGUCUUGUGUCACCCUCACCCAUGACUACAGAGACGCACUUGAUGCUGCCAGUGUGCUCUAUAAUCGAGUUGAUGAGGGCGUUCACCGACUGGUGAUGCUGUCGAACAAACGCAUCCAGGAAUUGGAGCUGGUGAUGGAGUUCGAGAAAGUGGAAGACUGUUUUAAGGAGGUCAGCAGUUGGAUCGAGAAUGUUGGCAGAAAACGGCUAAAGGAUACGAUCAACCUGGACGAUUCUUUGGAGAUGCUGCUUCAAGCGCAAAAGCAGUUCAGGGAGUUUGAUCUUGUUGCCAGUGAAUAUUGCAGAAGGGGGCAGGAAGCACUAAAGAAGAUGGAUCGAUGGGAAGACUUUUCCUCUGUGGAUGUACAUUCUUACAGGGUAAAGCUGCAGACCUACAAAGAUCAACUGGAAGAGUUCUGCACUCAACUGGAUGAAAACAGGCAUCGAAUCUGUGAGACAGUCAGGCUGUAUGAAUUCUUUGACAAGGCAUACGAGUGGGCCUUGGAAGGGAUGCGACACCUUGCCUGCAUCAGCAUGGAGGACUGUAGCUCUGCCGAACACUGUGCAGGGGUGAUCAAGUGCCUGGAGAGUUACAAGGGGCAGCACCCGGACAUUAGCGAUGCCCGGUUCCAGGAGAUGAAGGAGCUGGCCUGUGAGCUAAAGAGUGACAAGGGACUCAAGCAGUGGAAAUUUGCAUGGUCUAAAUGCCAGGAGACCAAGCUGGUUUUUGAAAAGAAACUCGAAGCAGCCUUGAGAACAAGGAGGUCUCUGCUGUCAGACAGCAAACCAGCUGCGGGGGAGCAGCCCCAGGCCAGCAGUGAGGCUGGCAGUCUGUCCCACCGGAGGCACUCUGAGGGGGCUUCCUCGCCCUCACUGAGCUGCCCUGGCGAUGUCAGUGCUGCAGAAGAAUUUGCCUGCCAAGCUGUUCUCAGCCCUGGUCCUCACUUGAGCAGAGUUUCUUUUGCCAGCGGGGCCUCCAAGUCUGCAAAGCUGCCUGAAGAAAAGCCAAACUUGGAGAGCAUAUUAGAAACCCUAGAGGUGAAGCCAUCCUGCACCUCCACUCCAGCCUCUGGGAAGCCACCUCCCAGGAGGAUGCUCCGGAAGGCCCAAAGCUUUGACCUCCCCUGCGGUGAGAGCCUGUGGUCAGGCUGCCAGAGGACGCUGAGUGAACCAGCCAGAUACGGCAACACUGGAGUCUUUAUUAAAGGGCUGGAGGUGAGCAGCACUGAGCUGGUGGACAGGACUUUUGCGCUGCGGCAGCAAGCCGCUCACAGCUGGGCUGCAGACUGCCUGCUGGAGGGACAGAGGGGCUGCUUCUCCGUGUCAGAAGCCAAGAGCUGGGGCAGCAAGCUGCGGCACAUCAUUGAUGAGAUGGUAACCACGGAGCGGGAAUAUGUGAGGUCGCUUUGCUACAUCAUCGAUAGCUACUUCCCUGAGAUGGAGCGCCUCGACCUCCCCCAGGACCUGCGUGGGAAGCGCAGCGUCAUUUUUGGGAACCUGGAGAAACUCUACGACUUCCACAGCCAGUACUUCCUGCGAGAGCUUGAGAGCUGCUGCAACCACCCACUGCGAGUCAGCCACUGCUUCCUCCGACACAAAGACCAGUUUGGGAUGUAUGCAUUGUAUAGCAAGAACAAGCCAAAGUCGGACUCGCUGCUGGCCAGCCACGGGAAUACCUUCUUCAAGUUCAAGCAGGUGCAGCUUGGGGAUAAGAUGGACCUGGCCUCCUACCUGCUGAAACCCAUCCAGCGGAUGAGCAAAUACGCCCUGCUCCUGAAGGACCUGAUCAAGGAGUGCAGUGAGGCACAAGAGCAGGAGCUGGGCUACCUCCGUGCAGCUGAGGAGAUGGUGAAGUUUCAGCUCCGGCAUGGAAAUGACCUGCUGGCCAUGGAUGCCAUCCGCGACUGUGACGUGAACCUGAAGGAGCAGGGGCAGCUGGUGCGGCAGGAUGAGUUCACCAUUUGGCUGGGCCGUAGGAAGUGCCAGCGGCAUGUCUUCCUCUUUGAGGACCUGAUCCUGUUCAGCAAGCCCAAGAAGAUCGAGGGUGGCUUUGAUGUGUAUAUCUACAAGCGCUCCUUCAAGACUGCAGACAUUGGUCUGACAGAGAACUCUGGAGACAGUGGCCUGCGCUUUGAGAUCUGGUUCCGAAGGCGAAAGUCCAGUGACACCUACAUCCUCCAGGCCAGCUCAGCUGACACUAAGCAGGCCUGGACCAGUGACAUUGCCAAGAUCCUGUGGCAGCAGGCAGCCCGCAAUAAAGAAAUCCGUAUGCAGGAGAUGGUCUCCAUGGGUGUGGGCAACAAGCUGUUCCUGGAUAUCAAACCCAGUGAGGCGGCUAUCAAUGACCGUGCUAUCGAUUACAUCAUGAAAGGCAGAGGUGCCAGGACCAGAGCAUCAAUUGCGGUGUCUCUGUUUGACCAUUCCAACCCGUACAAGAGGACACAGGUGCAGCUCUCCGCUGGCAGCAGUCCCACUGCAUACAGCCCUUCCUCCUCCUCCCUGCUGGGGCCCCUCAACCUCCACAUGUACCUGGACCAGGCUCUGCUGCCAGGCGUACUGGCCCCCAGCCGCCCCUUUGAUAUUGGCACCUGCAUCGAGGAAGAUGAGCUGGAGCACGAGACAAGCAGCCAGCCCUCACUGACAACAGAGAGCUCAGAGUCAUCGCACUGCAUGUCAGGCAGCGGCUCCAGUGGCUCCGACAGUGGCUGUGUCUCCAGCAUCCCACAAGAAAGCUUCUGUGAAGACAUGGGCUCACCCCCCUACAUGCCCCUAGGCUCACAACACAGCUCUGCAGUGGAGGAGAAACCCAGGUUCACAAACAGCCAGUACAUUUCUGCAAAAGCAGGCCAGGUCACCAUAAGUCCCUCGACAAUAGUGUGA